AUGGCGGAUCCGGUGACUGCUGCUGCUGCUGCCAUAGGAUGGGGCCUGAAAGCCGUAGGCUGGGUCGCCUCGCCCGUCAUCUCCGACCUUUUCAGGAAAAGCUCCUCCUUUCUCGGCUUCAACGCAUCGGAGAAGCUGAGACAACUUGAGCCGAAGAUUUUGCUGCUGGAGCGGGUGAUGGAGAUGGUGGCGGAGAGCCCUCACAGGGUUCGUCUCCAGCAGCUGUUCGAGGACCUCAAGACUGCUUUCUACGAAGCUGAAGACAUCUUGGAUGAUGUUGAGUAUCAUCGCCUCAAGAAGGAGGUCCAAGAUUACGAGCUCACCUCAGACGGGCCUCCAAGUACCAUGGAUUUGCUGAAGCACAAGGUCCAGUCCCUGGCCGUCUCCCCCCUAACAAAUAAGGAGACUGGUAUGUCCAAAAAGCAAUUAAAACGGAGCCUAGAGAAAAUAGAAAAGGUUAUAAAUGAAGCACACCAAAUUUUGGAAUGGCUGAACUUGCCCACUGUAAAUAAGGGACAGCCUAGUGCAGCCAAUGCAUGUACCACUGCAACUUCCCCAGUAAAGGUAAUUGGUCGAGAUGAGGAUCGUGACAAGAUCAUAGAAAUGCUUCAUGAGAAUGCCAGUCAUGGUAAGACAAACAUGAAUAGCAGUCUAUGUUAUUCUGUUGUUGGAAUUCAUGGCAUAGCUGGAUCUGGGAAAUCAACCCUUGCACAGUUUGUUUUUGCCCAGGAAGAAAAAGACAAGCUAGCCGAAAAAGAUGGCCAUUUUGACAUUCUAUUAUGGGUUCAUGUCUCUCAAAAACCUAGCAUCGAGGCCAUUUACAGGCGAAUGUUUGAGGCAAUUGAAGGAUAUGAUUGUGAACUUAAUAGUCUUGAUAGGCUACAACAAGAACUGAAGGAUAUCCUGACUAGCAAAAGGUUUUUCUUGGUACUAGAUGAUGUCUGGUGCAACAAGGAUGUUGGCGAGCAGAAUCUGCCACAAUUACUUUCUCCAUUCAAGAUUGGAAAGAGAGGAAGCAAGAUCCUAGCGACAAGUCGAAAUGUAGAUGCCUUCUCGGAUCUUGGUCCUGAUGUGGGAUGUGCCAAUUUUCCAAUUAGUGACUUGGAUGAUAGUAUUUUCCUUGAGCUAUUCAUGUAUUAUGCACUUGGAGAUGGGAAUGCAAACAAUGGAGCUGGGAGCACACUCUGGAAUAUUGGGGCCCACAUUGCAGAAAAGCUGAAGAGGUCACCUCUAGCAGCCAGUACAGUGGGAGGACAACUACGUAAAAGAAAAAAUGUUGAGUUUUGGAGAAGAGCUAGAGAUCGGGACUUACUGAACGAGACGAUGGGAGCUCUAUCAUGGAGCUACCAGCAUCUUAAUGAGCAGAUUAGACAAUGCUUUGCUUACUGUAGUAUGUUCCCCAGAGGGCAUCAUUUCAGACCUAAUGUGUUACUUAAGUUGUGGGUGGCAGAAGGGUUUAUAAGAAGUACUAAUGCAGGUAAGGAAAUGGAAGAUGUUGGUCAGGAUUACUUUGAUGAACUUGUGUCAAUCUCAUUUCUGCAAUAUGGGGGAAAGGAGUCCUGCGGUGAGGACUACUAUUUAAUGCAUGAUCUGAUGUACGAUUUAGCAGAGAGGAUCGCUGGACACGAUUGCUUUAGAAUUGAGGAUGGGUGGACAGGAGAAAUUCCUCCAGGUGUUCGCCAUCUUUUUAUUGAUACUUAUAAUGGGGAGAAGCUUGCCAUGAAGAUUUUUCAACUGGAAAAUUUACGCACUCUCAUCAUUAAAGUUAUCAAAUUAUGGACACCACGUGAUGAAGAAGUUUUCAAGAAUAUAAUCAUGAGGCUGCAAAAAUUGCGGGUACUGAAUGUGACUUUUGGUUUGACUUGGCAUGUCAAUUUCUUAGAACCUAUUGGUGUCAAGCAUAUAUGUCACCUUACUUACAGGAUCGGCAAAUCACAUGGUCUAAUUUUACCAAGGACCUUUAAAAAACUUCACCACAUUCAGACACUUGAUUUUGGUAAUUGCAAACGUCUUUCGCUCUCCAAAGAUGAAGUUGGGAUUAAUUUGGUUAGCUUGCGGCAUGUAGGGAAUGCCAGCAUUUUGAAGUUGGUGAACAUUGCCAGGUCGACAUCACUCCAAGAGUUAGGACCAUACUUCACAGUAAGUAAGGAAAGAGGUUGCAAUAUAAAACAUCUGAGGGAUCUAAACCAGCUUUGUGGCCGUCUGCGCAUUAGAGGUGUUGAAAAUGUUAAAGGCAGUGAGGAAGCUCUUGAAGCCAAGCUAGCUGAUAAGGAGCGACUCACCGAGCUAGAACUAUGCUGGGAUUGUGAUCAGGAGAGCUGCAAUCCAGAAGUUGAAGUAGAGGUACUUGAGGGUCUAUGCCCUCCGAAGGAUCUUGAAAAACUGGAACUCGGCGGGUACAAUGGAGCGAGAUACCCUAAUUGGAUGGUGGGUAGGCAGAACGGUGGCUUAAAGUGCCUGCAAGUACUUAAGCUCUGGAAAUGCAGCUUAGGGCCUGCUCCCGUUUUUGAGGUCUUCACUCUACUCCGUUUCCUAUCUCUUUCGGCAUGCAUCUGGGUGGCCUUACCAGAUAACAUGGUGCGCCUGAAAUCACUCGUGGAACUGUCCAUGGAAUUAUGUCAGAAUAUCCAGUCUCUUCCAGCCCUGCCCCACUCACUCAAGAAACUGUCCAUCAAAUAUUGUAAGAAUAUUCGGUCUCUUCCAGUACUGCCCCAGUUGCUUGAGGAAUUGUCCAUCGAUUACUGCCCGAAUAUUCAGUCUCUUCCAGUGCUGCCCCAGGCCCUCACGAAACUGUCCACUGUUGAUUGCCCGAAUAUCCAGUCGCCUCCAGAACUGCUCCGGUCCCUUGAGGAGUUUGAAGUUUGA